AUGGGACAAACUAACAACAAUAAUAAUGAUAUUAAUAUUACUACGGCUGCUAUUAGUGACCGUCUUAGUCUUUAUUUCUACAAAUCAACAUGUCCAAGGGUGGAGCAAAUAAUUGAAGAUGUUAUUCGCAAUCAAUCUCAAAAGAAUCCCGGAAUUAUUCCUGGAAUCAUGCGUCUUCAUUUUCAUGAUUGUUAUAUCACGGGUUGUGAUGCUUCAAUCCUUCUGACCCCUCAAAGAUACAACAGUUACAAUGCAGAAAUGUCCCACCCAGCAAACGGUAAAUCCUUAAGAGGCAUGGAUGCCUUAGAAGCCGCGAAAGCAGAGCUCGAGAAGCAAUGUCCCGGUGUAGUCUCUUGCGCAGAUAUUCUAGCAUACGCAGCUCGAGAUGUGGUUAUGUUGUCAGGAAGCCCCAAAUACGAGGUUCCUGCAGGACGUCGUGACUCAUUCUGUUCUGAUGGCACCCUUGCUGGUGCCCUUCCAAAGGCCAACGACACCCUUGCUACAUUGCAAAAAGGUUUUGCUGCACGCGGACUUACCUUAGAAGACAUGGUUGUGCUCGAGGGCUCCCACUCGAUAGGCCAAACACGUUGCCUUAACACGAUUGCUGACACUGGUUCGAUGACUCGAUUACUUGAUGUAGAGAGCUUGGUAGAUAAGCCAUUUCAGUCAAUGAUCAAGCAGAAAUUCUGUCCUGAAUCUCAGAAAAGGGUGUUCUGGAAUUUGACAGCACCAUUAACUCCUGAGAAACCUGAUAAUUCUGCUUGGGGAAAUUCAUUCUAUCAAUUAAUUUUGAAAGGCAAGAGCUUGCUACCUAGUGACAUUGCAUUAGCUGUUGAUCCAAGUACCAAAGAAAUGGUCGAAAGAUUCGCCUAUGACAAUGCAAAUUGGCAGAAUGUAUUUAAUGAAGCUAUGAUCAAGUUGGGAAAGGUUAAUGUGCUUACUGGUGAUCAAGGUGAAAUUAGAAGGCAAUGUGGAUGGAUUAAUGCAGUUAAUACGGCAUGA